AUGGCUGAGUCCACAGGAUCGAGAGGAUCACAAGCUGUCAACCCGCCGGCGUUUGAAGGUUUCCCGUUCGCAGUGAGUGGCGGAGCAGCGGGGGACAGACCCGGUAAAGAGCAGGCGCAGAUCGGCGAGGUGAAGAAGAAGCCGUGCAGAGCAUGUACGGACUUUAAAUCGUGGAUGAAGCUUCACAAGAAACAGACGACCGCUGCUGUUGCGCAGGAGGUCCAAGCUGCAGAUUCAGAGCCACCAGAAGAGCCACAGUGUCCGCUGGACAGAGAAGAAUUGGGACGCAACACCUGGUCUUUACUGCACACCAUGGCAGCAUAUUACCCCGACCAACCGUCCUCCACGCAACAGCAAGAAAUGGGACAGUUUGUCAACCUUUUCUCCAAGUUCUACCCCUGCGAUGUAUGUGCAGAGGAUCUCAGAGAAAGAUUAAAAACCAAUCAGCCAGACACCAGCAAUCGCUAUGCUUUCUCUAAGUGGCUCUGUCAUCUCCACAAUGACGUCAACAUCCGGCUGGGGAAGCCCGAGUUCGACUGCUCUCGUGUGGACGAGAGGUGGAAAGAUGGAUGGAAAGAUGGUUCCUGUGAUUGACAGAUUGUGUUGAGAGAGUGCUGAGGACUGAGUCAAUAUGUUCUUGUACCUGUCAGUGCCGACCUUUGAGGAGGAGGAACACCACAAAGUGGAGGUGAAGCCUGAUGGAAGACGAGCGAUAAAUGUCAUACGGUCAAUUAUAACUGAUUGACCAAUAAAACAGACGGCUACAAAAAAACAAAACAAAAAAAGCAUUCCUCUUUAUCUGUCCAGUAAGGGCAAAGAUACGUUUCAGGGGACCUGAUGUUUUUUUCAAGUCACUGAGGAGAUGUUAAGGUUCUGAGUGUAGAUUCUACAUGGAGACUUUGGUGCGCACAUUUUUUCCUUUGAAUCCUGGACUGAAUUAAAACUCUAUUUUCUGGCCUUUUAUUUUUAACUCUCAUUUUACUGUGACUAACUGUUGUCUAACUGUGUGGAAAAAUAUGAUACAAUUUUGAUUGAUUAGAUUUAUCACUUAAAUAAAUCAAAAAUAAUAAAAUACUUUGUGUGCGUUCUAUAAUGAUGAAUACAGACUGUUUUAUAGACAUUUAAAGGGAUUGCCUCAGUCAUAUGUAGUGAUACUUACAAAUAUCCCAUGAUGAGGAACUUAUGACUAGACGUUUGUUGUUGUUGGCACAGAAUCGCCAUCAUGAGUUUGCUUUCCAUGUCGUGUUUUAUUAGUUAACAAUGUGUGAGGCUGAUGUUUGAUUCAGGCAGGAUUUUGUUCAAAUAUUACCGAACCUUUGUAAAACCAUAACCCAGGGUUGUACAUGUGUAUAUGACAUUUAGAAAUAAGAAGUCUCAGUCACAGUGUGGUUUCUUUGUUUGAAAUAUAAGGGAAGUUAAUUCUA